CCCCACUCCCCGCCCCCUGCUCUCUUAGGUGGCGCCGGCUUGCGGCCGGUGUGGCGGUGGUGUUGCUUCCAGAAGCCGGAGCGGGCACGUUCCCUGAACAGGCGGCAGGGCUAUGGUCGCCAGCUCCCGAAGGCCCGCUUCGCAUCUCAGUCCGAUCCUGAGCGCGAGCCUGAACUGUCUCCUCAGCCCAGCCCCCCGGCGCCGUCGGCUGCUCCCCGGGCGCGCCCCCCUCCGAUGGCGGCGGAGAUUCAGCCCCAGCCCCUCACCCGCAAGCCGAUCCUUCUGCAACGGGUCGAGGGGUCGCAGGAGGUGGUGAACAUGGCGGUGAUCGUGCCUAAGGAGGAGGGUGUCAUCAGCGUCUCGGAAGACAGGACAGUUCGUGUUUGGUUAAAGAGGGACAGUGGACAAUACUGGCCAAGCAUAUACCAUGCAAUGCCUUCUCCAUGUUCAUGCAUGUCUUUUAACCCGGAAACAAGAAGACUGUCCAUAGGUCUAGACAAUGGUACAAUCUCAGAAUUUAUUUUGUCUGAAGAUUAUAACAAGAUGACACCUGUGAAAAACUAUCAAGCACAUCAGAGCAGAGUGACGAUGGUCCUGUUUGUCCUGGAACUGGAGUGGGUGCUGAGCACAGGGCAAGACAAGCAGUUCGCCUGGCACUGCUCUGAGAGUGGGCAGCGCCUGGGAUGUUACCGCACCAGUGCUGUGGCCUCGGGCCUGCAAUUUGAUGUUGAAACCCGUCAUGUGUUUAUUGGUGAUCACUCGGGCCAAGUCACUAUCCUCAAACUGGAACAAGAAAACUGCACACUGCUCACAUCCUUCAGAGGGCACACAGGAGGGGUGACAGCGCUCUGCUGGGACCCAGUGCAGCGCGUGUUGUUCUCAGGGAGUUCCGAUCACUCCGUCAUCAUGUGGGACAUCGGUGGGAGAAAAGGGACAGCCAUCGAGCUCCAAGGACACAAUGACAAAGUCCAAGCCCUCUCCUAUGCACAGCACACAAGGCAGCUCAUCUCAUGUGGCGGAGACGGUGGCAUUGUCGUCUGGAACAUGGAUGUGGAAAGGCAGGAGACCCCUGAGUGGUUGGACAGUGACUCCUGCCAAAAAUGUGACCAGCCUUUCUUCUGGAACUUCAAGCAAAUGUGGGACAGUAAGAAAAUUGGCCUAAGACAGCACCACUGCCGGAAAUGUGGGAAGGCCGUGUGCGGCAAGUGUAGCUCCAAGCGCUCCUCCAUCCCACUCAUGGGCUUUGAGUUCGAAGUCCGGGUCUGCGACAGCUGCCACGAGGCCAUCACAGAUGAAGAACGUGCGCCCACAGCUACCUUCCAUGACAGUAAGCACAACAUUGUGCACGUGCAUUUUGAUGCAACCAGGGGAUGGUUACUGACUUCUGGAACUGACAAAGUGAUUAAGUUGUGGGAUAUGACCCCAGUAGUGUCCUGAUGUCUCUCCCAGGGACUUGAAGAUAGUUUUCACUAAAGAGACACUUGUUUGAGCCCAAAAUCAUUACAGGAGAAGCAAAGUACACAUAUGAGCAGGAAGAGAGACUGAAGGAGCUCAAAGUGGAUGUGUAGCCUCCUGUCCUAUUGCAAUGAACCAGUGGGAGAGCACUCCCAUGACUCUUCAGUUGCCCUUACAACAUAAAAGAAGAUAUUUUUUUAUCAAAUGGUUUAUACAGCCUGGCUGUGCUGCAUUGUCUUGAGUCUAUUGGAAAAUCUGUGUGGGAUGUUUAAGCUUCUGUAUUUCAGCCUCCAUUGUUCUUGUUGCUUUCUGUGUCAGAAAAAAAAAAAAAAAAAAAAAAAAAAAAAACCCAAGAGAGAGAACUAUCUGUUGAAGGUAUUGUGUCGUGUAAGACAUUUUCUUCACCUCAGCGUGUCCCAGAGAGAGCCUUUCUCUGCUCUUCCUUCACCGGCCACACUUGCCUCUCACCAGAGUGGACGGUUCCGGUUUAUUCUGGUGUUCUGCUUUCGUGGCCAGACAGGAGUUGGAAAACCGUCUGAUGCGGGCCUCUUGAGUCACCUCUGGGGAGCAGUGCUGUCAGAAGUGCCUGAGCUUCCGCUUCAGCAUCGCCCCCUUAGGAAGGGCUUCUGGAAACUGCUGUCCACUGUCAGCCCUGGCACCGGUCAAGUGACUCAGCCUCACCCUGCAGUGCCUGUGUCUUUCUGAAUUCAAUGAGGGCUGCUUGAGCCUUUUGCAUUUUGGACUUUGGGGAUUUGGGUUUUUUGAUUUGUUUUUUGUUUUUUGUAGCUUCCCUUUAUUCAUGACAUGAAAGACAAACAGAAAUGUCCACGCUCCAGAAGUAAGUGUCAUGAAGGUGCAUCUUUCUACACGGUGUUGCCUCUGAAUGUGAACGUUUAUUACUUUAAGAUUAGAAUCCUGCUCUCUUCACCAUCCAUAUUUAGUUUCCCUUUUAAAACCAGGUAUUUAAGCAUCUUUAUGAUAAUGUAUACUUUCUGUGAAGCCAGCGUGUGAUCUAAACAGAGGUACUAAGAAGCAAACAGUAUUCUCCUAAGGAAAUCAGUCCAUCUUGCUAAGGUGCAGUAAGGACUCACUUUGGAAUGUCAAGGUACAUUAAAGUAGUAGCAAGCCUGUGCCUGGAAACUGGCCCAUCCAAGCACAUCACACAUGCUCACCCGUCAGGAAUACCAGUGAGGUUGCCAGGUGAAAGGCUCGUGGGUAAACAGGCUGACUGCUUGCUCUGACUCUCCACGUCACAGUGUCUUCUUCACUUCCGAUUAACAGGUGUUUCCUGGCAGGAAGUACUUAAAUGCAAUUACAGUCCUGUUCUAGAAAGGCGGCUUCUCCAUUGUCAUUCUUGCUUCUCUUUCUGGAGGAGGCAGUAGUAACCAUUCUUGGGUACCAUCCUUAGCACUAACAACUCAGAGUGCUUCCUAGGACAAGGCGUCCAGAAUCAAUUCUGCUGACUGGCACUGGGAAGCAGGGCUGGUGUACACCUCCCAGAGCCAUGUCCCUUGCAGCUAUGAUGUGAGAGCAGAACUCUGUACACACUGCAGGAAGUCAUCGCCACUGUGGUUCAACCGUCUGUUCCAUGAAGUGCCACCUAGGUUCAGUCAGGCCACCAUCACUGGUUUGGGUCUUCUCUGCAUGAUCACUUCAUCACAGAACUUUGCAAAGGGAAUCAGAGCUAAAAUACUCAAAUAUCGAUGGAAGAGUUGAUUGCUAGAGUCUACAGCCACUUGGCAAGUUGUAGAGAGCUGAAUAUUGGAAAUCAGUAAUGGAAGUGAGUCUCUUGGAACUGGAGCGUGACUGUAUACGGAGAGGGAAUACAGUAUUCGGAAAGUGAGGCUAGGGCACCCAGCAAACCUGUGUGGAUUUCCACUUAUGUAUAGAUGAAUUCAGACUCCUGGGAAAUGGAUUGCCUUCGUUAGAACACUUUUUACACUGUUGGAUGGCCCUCCACACCUCUCUAGUCACCUCCAGCUACAGCCCAUCCCAAAGAGUCCCCAGAGGUUGAAACUUCCCAGUGAUGAAAAUCAUGGUUGUACACCCCAGAUAACCAAGGUUUCCACAGCUCAGCCCUUUCCUCUUAGGCAGGUGGCUGCUGAAUUUGUUGAGAAGAGUGUAUCAGAACAACUAUGUAUGCACAUAAUAAUGCACUGUGAAUGCUUGUGUUUGCCUGGCGUUCUUAACCCAUAAAGAAAGGCUUGCUGGUGCUGAUAGAUUUCCAAGCAUUCUCUGAAAAAGAAGGUUUCAUCCAUCAGGCAUGAGCGCUGGCUCAGCACUUGGCUUGUCUCUCCUCUGAGUCAAAAAUCACAGAUCUAUUCACUUUGCUUUUUUUUUUUUUUUCCUCUCCCUCUCUGCUGUGGAAACCUCAGCUCUGGUGAUGGUAGUGAGUACAGCCAUGCUGGGAAGCCGGGAGACCAUGUGUGCACGGAGUUUGUUCCUAGUUGGUGGAUGAAAAACAUCUCACUGCUAGUUUCUCCAAAGGAAAGCAUUUAACAGAGCCACCUGGGUCUCCACAUUAGCAAAAAAAUGGUUUUAGAAAUAACUACUUGGGAUUUUGUGUCAUUUUAUAAAAGCCCAGUCAACAUAAUGUGUUUCUCGUUUAAUUGUUUGAAUUAUUCAUGAAAUUAUAACAUUGAAAGGGAAUCUUGAGAUCUCCUAGGUUAGUCCUAGGAUGUCCUAGGUUAGUCACACCAGGCAGUUAGAUAGAGCCGAGGUGUAAACAAGAGAAUCUCCAAGAACACUCAAGAGCAAUGGCUUUUGAUAUUACCAAUAGCAUGGUGAGUAGGCACAAGGGGCAACCCCCUUGCCUGGGGCAGGAAGUCUCUGGAAUCAGGUUUGAUACUGUUUUGAGCAAAUUUGACGUAACUUUCAGUGCCUGCCUGUGGUUCUGAGUGGUGCAUGUUCUCCCAAAGGUGGGUAGUCCCAUUUAUCUGUAUAUCAACAAGCCCUGUAUAUCAUGCCACACCUACCACCCCGGGGACAAAGUUGAAUCACACAUUCAGGGCCCUAGACUUCCCACUGCCCUGCUGCCUAAGGGCUGCUCCACUGAAUCCAGGCUUACAACGUCCGUCCUUGUGAGACACCACCUUCUUAGCAUCUCAGAGUCAUAUUUUAAAAGUAUACUGUGUUUUUUGUUUAACAUCAGUCCUUUAAAAGCUUGAAUUUUAACUUUAAAGCAAAAGAAUAGCUCUGAACUAUGUGUCACAGCUAGUACACAGAAAUAUUCACUUAAUGGGGCCUUUGGUUUUGCUUUUUCAUAAUAUUUAAUAUAUAUAUAUGUAUAUAUAUGUAUUUGUAUAUAAGUGAGCUUGUUCACUAAGAUUUAUAUUUUAAAGCAAAAAAAAGCAUUUUUCAAAUGCUCCUAUUUUUUUCCUUUAAAAUAAUGUUAGGUUAAAUUUUUGCUGGUAUAAAGGUAGAUACUCAAUACCUUGAUGAAAUGACACUUAAGUUCAUCGGUUUGCCACUUUUUCAGGCCGUAAGGUCCUCCCAGGAAUGCCCGUGUGCUCCUGUAAACUGUAGCUCAGCUUGACAACCAAGAACUACACAGCAGCUUUGCGGGGUUUGGAUCACAUUUUCACCUUUUGACCCUGGGUUCCCACCAGGAAGCCUCUAGGCUAACACAGAGAGCAGUGUGUGCUGUUGGACUUCCCAGGCCAGAGCCUGUUGUCAAAGGAGAUCAGAUCUCUGAGUGAGGCAUGAAUGCUACUGGAGUGCUUAGGGUCCCUUCUAGACUUGACUCUGACUCUGAGUGUUGCUUAUCACGGGACUAACCCUGACUGUCACCAGGCACAGAGGCAGCCUCACUCAGGCACAUGAAAACACUGUCCUAGGGCAGUUGCUUUCUGGCCUUUGCCACCCAGGACCUAGUCGGUGUGGUUUUAGAAAAAAUGGUGAACUUCUAUCUCAUUUAAAAGAUACCUCCAAGUGUUCACCUUUAGGGGUUGAGAGGAUCUGACUAGGGAGACAAAGGAUUUAGGAAAUUCAGAUUGGUUCAAAAGGUUUCAAAUCUGAUUUAAAUAUUUAUUUAUUUUUUUUCUUGGUUCUUUGGGAUCCAUGAGAGGGUGAUUUUUUUUUUUAAAGGGAAAUCGGUUUGAGCUCUUUGCUUCUGUGUACGUCUUAUCAAUUUGAUGGGUAUGCAGCCUUUUCAUUCAUAGCAUAUGCCAAUGUGAAGUAUGGACCAAAACACUCACAUCACCAUUGCCACUGUUCUGUGUGUGCUUGAGAUUUAUGCCAUUUGCCUUGCAUUUCAAGUGGUGUUUUCAAGGUGUUGUCAUUUGGGGAGGGAAAAAGUCUUUCGUGACAAUUGUAAAAGAAACUGUUACUAACUGAACAGCAGGGAAGGUACUAACCCCUCAGCCGGGCCUGCCCAUUGCUACACCGUAACCAGGGCUUGGCUUCUUCCCACUGCACGCACGGCUGCCCCCUGGGGCCACAUCUGGAUGUGACUGCCAUAGGUCUGUUACUUUAUGGUUAUCUUUUUUUUCCAGAAAAAUCAGGAAUUAGGUUAGGCAAGGGCUCAGCUAAGCAUGAUAUAGAGCCUGGAGCUAGAGGCUAGACCAGGUCUCUCCAUAGUGGUUCUAGCCAAACCCCUCUGGCAAUUGCUGGGCUCUGUGCCACUGGAUUCCACCAACCAGACCCACCACUCUUGAUCCUGACCUCCUGAAUGUGAUGAGGUAGUCCUGAGUAAGACUGUUCUGUGACAUUCAGAUGACUGUAUCCGGUGCAAAUGCUGCUCGGCACUGUGAAUGUUUCUCUCUCCUUAUUUACCCUGUACUGCCCCCAGCCUCUCAUGUAUGUGCAGCCUAUUCCGAUGUACGGCUCUCAGAGCAGUGGCCUCUGUGGCUUAGAAUAAAUGGCCGAACACCUGCCUACCA